AUGAAACUUCUCAUUUGUUUCGCUCUCAUCUGCGUCGUUCUGGUUGCAGCACAAGGCAGAGGAUAUCGCUAUGAAGGAAAUGGCAAUCGAAGACCUGGUGGUCGAGGACGUGGUAGUCCGGGAUCAUGGGGUCGUCCAAGUCGUAAUAAUACUAAUGACUCAUGGGGAACAAAAUUAUGUGCCAACAGUACAGUGGCUCAAUCAUUUCUUACUCAAACUCAACAGGUGAUCGCCAAUCUUCGAUCAAAUGGAUCAUUCACUCAAGCUCUUCAAAAUCGCGCAAACGCAAUAGCUUAUAUCGGAAAUCAAGCUAAUGGAGAUCUUCUUUCAUCAAAUUGCACUAGUUUCUUCAGUGGUCUUAGAAAUGCAAAGGCGCUUGACAAAAAAGCUGUAGCAACGGCAAUAAGAUUAGACAAUACAGCUCAACGUUUACUUUCACGAGUUGUGAAGUCUCUUUUAGGAACCAACAAUGGUUAA